AUGGCGGUGAAUGAUUUUAGUUUGACCUACCCUGGCAGCCCCCAGCCAGGGGACUUGAUUGAAGUGUUUCGUCCUGCCUAUCAGCACUGGGCCCUGUACUUGGGUGAUGGUUACGUUAUCAACUUAACACCUCUGGAGGAUGGCAUUCCUGCAUCAUUUACAAGCGCCAAGUCCAUAUUCAGCAGAAAGGCCCUGGUGAAGAUGCAGCUCCUGAAGGAUGUUGCAGGCAAUGACACAUAUAGAAUAAACAAUAAAUAUGAUGAAACGUACUCUCCCCUCCCCAUGGAAGAAGUCAUGCAACGGUCAGAGUUUGUUAUUGGACAGGAAGUGGAGUAUGACGUACUGGUCAACAACUGUGAGCAUUUUGUGACUUUGCUUCGCUACGGAGAAGGAGUUUCAGAGCAGGCCAACAGAGCAAUAAGCACCAUUGGGUUUGUGACAGCUGCUGCUGGCGCCUUCUCAUUCCUUGGCUUGUUUUUCAAAAGACAAAGAGUGAAAUACCAUUAA